AUGCUUUGUAAUUGGUUUAGUAAAUUAAUAUUUUUUGAUAGUUAUAAUGGAACGAAGCCUGCAAUAGCUCUACCCGCCGCUAGUCCCUCAAAUACCGUUCCACCAGUGACCGUACCAACAACGGAACCUCCGAGUUAUGCCAGCACGAUGCAAGCGAAAGCGAAAGCGCAGCGAGGGAUGGGCGCCCAUCCGCCAUUACCCCCACCGCCGUAUUCAUCCGAUGACAACCACGUCCAAGUUUAUACGGUUGAUAGUUCGAUGUCGCCGAGGGCUAGUCCUCAUGUUCACCCUUCAUUACAGAGGAAAUAUUCUCCUGUUGUGAAUAACGAAUGCAGGUCAGACAGUCCCCAGUCGACUAGUAGCGGAGACAGUAGAAAUCAUUAUUCAGAUAAUGGAGCACCUCCGUUACCACCUACAGCUUCUUCAUCUGUUAAAAACAACUCAAACAACAACCACAUAGUCAACGGCAAUAGUGAAACUAAAGCCAACGAUACACCACCUCAACUACCUCCUUAUACGAAAAUCAAACACCAAUCCCCUAUACCGGAACGAAAGAAGAUUAGCAAAGAAAAGGAAGAGGAACGGCGAGACGGAAAAGUGAAGAACUAUUCACCGCAGGCGUUUAAAUUUUUCAUGGAGCAACAUAUAGAGAAUGUGAUCAAGUCUUACAAACAAAGACAAUUUAGGCGAAUGCAAUUAGAGAAAGAAAUGAAUAAAAUAGGACUUAGUUCUGAAGCGCAAACUCAGAUGAGGAAAAUGCUGUCUCAGAAGGAAUCAAAUUAUAUAAGGUUAAAACGAGCAAAAAUGGACAAGAGUAUGUUUGUUCGAAUAAAACCGAUAGGAGUAGGAGCAUUCGGCGAGGUAACGCUCGUUAGAAAAAUAGAUACCAAUCACCUAUACGCGAUGAAAACUUUAAGAAAAUCGGAAGUUCUGAAAAGGAAUCAAGUGGCCCACGUUAAAGCAGAAAGGGAUAUUUUGGCAGAAGCUGACAACGAAUGGGUAGUCAAGCUGUAUUAUUCGUUUCAAGAUUCUGAUAUUUUGUAUUUUGUAAUGGAUUACAUACCAGGUGGUGAUCUAAUGGCGUUGUUAAUUAAAUUAGGAAUUUUUGAGGAAGUACUAGCCAGGUUUUAUAUAGCAGAAUUAACGUGUGCGGUAGAAAGUGUACAUAAAAUGGGUUUUAUCCACAGAGACAUCAAGCCAGAUAAUAUUCUCAUAGAUAAAGAUGGACACAUCAAGUUGACUGAUUUUGGCGAUCACAGUAGACAAGAUUCCAUGGAUCCCAUAGAUGACUGGAACGAAGAAUGUAAUUGCAAACCUUUGGAAAGGCGGCGACGUCGAGAACAUAGAUGUUUGGCGCAUUCUCUGGUAGGUACGCCGAAUUACAUAGCACCGGAAGUACUACAAAGAAAGGGCUAUACACACGUCUGUGAUUGGUGGAGCGUGGGUGUCAUUCUGUACGAAAUGUUGGUUGGUCAACCACCGUUUUUGGCUAACACUCCCGCUGAGACUCAAUAUAAGGUGAUAAAUUGGGAAACCACCCUACAAAUUCCGAAACAAGCUAACCUCUCAGCUGAAAGUACAGAUCUAAUAUUAAAAUUGUGCUGUAGUGCCGAAAAGCGCCUCGGCAAAAAUGCUAGUGAAGUGAAAUCUCAUCCUUUCUUCAAGGACAUCGAUUUCGAGAAAGGACUUCGACGUCAACAGGCGCCUUAUAAGCCACGCAUAGAAUACCCUACGGACACGUCCAAUUUCGACCCGAUCGACCCGGACAAACUCCGAAAUUCGACGUCGAUAGAUUCCAACAACUCGGACGAGCUGGUCGACAAUUCGAACUACUUCCACGGCUUUUUCGAGUUCACUUUUAGACGAUUCUUCGAUGACGGUGGUCUGACGUCGUUCAAUAAGAUCAACCUAGACGAUAACGAUAACCAAGGCGGGCCGGUUUAUGUGUGA